CCUUCCAUCGCGCCGCUGGCACGACCUGCCAUCGCACCGCUGCUCUGACCUGCCAUCGCGCCGCUGCCACGACCAGAGAAAAGAUGACGCGAGCUCUGAUGCUUCUGAUCGCCGCCGCCGCUGCCUCGUCCGCGGCAGGUACAUCCCCUUGUAAAAUGGCUUUGGAAGUUGGAAAUCAAAAUAUUAUGUGGACCUCCGAUGCUUAUAAUUGCUAUCUGCAGUACCAAACGGACGCGGACAAGUUUUCUACAAAUUCAAAAUGCACCAACUACUUAAGUUUGACUGGGUACGAUGCAGCAACAUGUGAUCCGCUUGUGUUCAAUUAUAUUAAGUGCUCGUUGCAAGCCGCCAAGCUCCUGAAACCCGACAACACAUUGGACGAUGCGGCUUUCCAGGCAAUUGCGCUGAAUAACCAAUGCAGCACUGAUACCAACUUCGCAAAAGCUUACCCGAACUGCAAAAGCACCACCAUGAAAUAUUUGAACGUAAUCCGGCUCUUCGUGUGCCUCGGUGCUGCCGUGCCCUAAUCCGCUCACCCAAUGGAGGAGAAUCCACUGACUCGGAACAAGACUGACUGAACUCGCCCUCACACUUCGUGCACGGGAUUUUUGUAUUUCUAUAUUAAAUUUGUUGGUGUUUCUUCAA